AUGGCGACAGCAGCACCUUCACCCCUGGCCAGCUCAAGAGAGAAGACAAAUGGUAACAAGCUGAGAAGACUGCUUAUUGAUGGUGGAACAACAGCACUGAGGAAUAUUUUUCAAUAUUUUCACCCUCCUGCCAACUUAGCCUCUGAUCUCAAGUCCAAUUACUCCAUUCUUAACAACCUUUUGCGUAGAAGAGUACUAAAUGGCCAUCAGUGGGACAAACUCUUCCCCUCUGGUGGAGGGCUACCAGACUCCAACACGUUUGACAUCACUCUUCUGUUCCUCCUACUAACCAACAUUUGUGGUUUAUCCCCUCCCCUGGCAGGAUGGCACACCAAGCCAUCCCCUGGUGAUAACUCUCUUGAGGCUAACCUUGCUCGCGUUAAGUUCUUCCGGAAUGAGCUAUAUGGUCACGUGACGUCCACGGGGGUUGAUGCGACAUCUUUCUCUACAUUUUGGCAUGAAAUAAGCACCACUCUUUAUUCGCUCGGUUUAGAUCAAGCUGAGAUUGACAGACUGAAGGCAGAGCAUGGAGGAGAGGAAGAUUACCUUGAUGCCUUAAUUGAGUGGGCUGACUUUGAAGGAGACAUAAAAAAGCAGUUGAAGGACAUCCACCAGACGCAACUUAAUUUCAGUAAAACAGUUGAAGAUGGCACUUUAAAGAUGGAAGAGCUACGUCAAGCCUUAAGCAAAACUCAGGAUGUCGUAGAUGAAGCAGUGGAAAUAGAACUCACAGGACAACAAGAGAUGAGGGCAGCACAGUCACGUUUAGAGGGAGUGUGCGAGUCCCAAGACGAAAUUCGUGCGUCAAUUCAGGAGGUAAAAGAGGAAGUAAAAAGCUUGACGAAAAAGAGAAACGAGCAGGCAGAUGAAGUGCUAAGAACUCUUGUGAAGUCGGAAUUCAAAAGAGACAUAGAAUUUCAUGCAAACAAAUUCCAGGAAGGAACUCGUGAGUGGAUCUUCAAAAGCAUUGAAGACUGGUUAGAUGACCGAGCAUCGCCACGUCGGGUAAUGGUAAUCAGUGGAAAUCCAGGGAUGGGAAAGACUGUUAUCUCCGCUGUUGUUUCGCAAAGACUGCAAAAGGUUGGAAGACUCUCGGGAAGCCACUUUUGUCAGCAUAACAAUUCAAGGUACCGAGAUCCGCGUUUAAUGCUCCAGUCUUUGGCCUGUCACUUGUGUCAAGCGAUGCCAAGUUACAAAGAUACUCUGGAAGAACAGCUGUCAAGAAAUCUGGGUAAAGACCUCAACAACAUGGGUGUAGAAGAACUGUUUGCGUUGCUGUUCAAAGAGCCUCUAAGCACAGUACAAGAUCCUGGAAGAAACACCCUAAUAGUUAUAGAUGGCCUCGAUGAAAGCGAGUACCAAGGACGCAAUGAGCUUCUACAUGUAAUCAGUAACCACUUUUCUAUGCUUCCAGUUUGGAUUAGCAUUUUGAUCACAACUCGUCCAGAGAGGAGCAUAACAGAGGCAUUGCGACAUUUAGAGCCUAUUGAGCUUGAACAAAAGCGUGAGGAAAACUUAAAUGACAUUCAAACCUUGUUUGAAAAUCAACUCGGCAACAAAAUUGGAGAAGAGCAUAAAGAUGUUCUCUUAAAAGAGCUGGUUAAGAAAUCAGAAGGCCUGUUUAUUUACGCUUAUUUUAUAGUGGAUUUUGUCCAAAAGAAUGUUUCAAUUCUCACCCCUGAUCAGCUGGAAAGCGUAUUGCCUUCAGGUAUUUCAUCUGUUUACUUGUCCUAUUUCAAACGGUUAGAGAAUGAACUUUGCAAAGAGCUUAAUGCAGAUGAGGAACAUUUUUUGCGUUUCCUGUGUGCAUUGACAGCUUCAAGAGAACCAUUACCAGUAGAAUUCAUUGCCAAAAUUCUAUACCCUGGAGAAAAGUCUUUGACCGCGCAGCGAAAAGUUAACAAAGCAAUAUGUUGCAUCUCUACACUGUUACCAGUUCGCGAGGGUCGUCUUCACUUUUUUCACAAGUCAAUUAAGGACUGGAUAACAGCAUCAUCGCCCUAUGAACAACAUGAUUUCACCGUGGACGAGAAAGAAGGUCAUGACGUCCUUUCGGAUCUUUGUGCUUCUGAACUCGAUAGCAUCAAGCGAAAAGGGGUUCAUGGCAGACAGUUCACCAAUACUGAAAGUUAUGCUUUGAUUCAUACUGUCCAGCACAUGCUUGAGGCCAAUGAUGGUCAUGAAUGGACUGACGGUUCAGGGAACAUGGGUGGUACAUCCAAUCAGGUAUACCAGUAUGUGACGGACCUAGAGCUUAUGUACGCAAAACUCUGUGUAAAUAGAACAUCUGCCGCGGAGGAUCUCUUCCGUAUUUGCAACGAACAUUCGGGUAUACUGAAUGAACAAAGACAUUCAAUUGCAACACUCUAUAAUGUUCUAAGAAAACAUUAUUAUAUGUUGCUAGAUCACCCUCACCUAUUUUUCCAAUGUUUGGUUAACGAAGGGAUUCCUGUAUUAUCGUCUGCAGCAGCAAGUAUCGUCGAAUCAUCUUUCCCCACAAUACCCUACAUGAAAAACCUAGAUAGUAAGGAACAGACGGAAUCAGAGCAAGCAAGGUUCUACUGUUCAGAUAAAAUCGCUUGUUCGAUGUUUCACCUAAAUUGGAUUACAUAGUAUGCGAGUGUCGAGACGAAACAAUCCAUCUGUUUUCCCUGCAGACUGGUAUCAAAGUAUGGGUUCGACGAUCACUAAUAACAAGAGAGUAUGGUUUCAGAAAUGCAAAUGUGAGUGGUGCAUAUCAUCAGAUAGGGCAUUUUUUGUCAUUUUAUCAUUCUGUCAUCUUUCAUCCAAAUGGGAGGUCGGUACUACCUGGAACUCUUCGAUAUGUUUACACCUUAAGUGGAGAGAAAGAAGACCUUUUUCCAGAAAGUGACUGUACAUUCUCAAAAUGUGUUGUACGUUCUCCCGUCGACAAGAACGUCAUUAUCACACAUUGCCCGACGCAGCCAAAGCGGAUUAACUUUUGGGAUAUGGAAAAUGGCCGAAACUUUUUAUCUAUCGAUUUCAGUAAAGACAUUUUUUCCUUUGCCGUUUCUGACGAUGGGUCGUUGAUUGCUGUUUCGGUAAUGGAUGAUUAUGAUACAAUUACUAUAUUAAACUUAAAAGAAAACUCUCGUUUAAAUAUCAUCUCCUCCGGAGAACAAAGAGCUUGUGGAUUCUUGCGCUUUACAUCCGAUCAAAACACGCUUGUUUAUGGCUUUCAAUAUUCUACUUGCGCAGAUGAAGCUUCUUGCCUCUACUGCGAAAGCGCUUAUAACGGAAUACCUGGGUUUAAUUUUAUUACACCUUUAAAUAACAUUCAUCUACCUGGAAAAAAGAAGGAUCUGGAAGAAGCAGAAUUUAAACCCUUCGUCUUGUGGCCUCGUGUUCUAUCAGGCGCUUUGACGAAAAAUGAUUUUACGGAGCAGAACAAGAGCUCUUCCUGGUUAAAAAAAAUUCAGAGAAGGAUGCCAAAUUUAUUUGCGGGUUUCUCCCUCAGACUUGACGAUGAAACAGUAUUAGCUGGCAGCCCGGAGCACAGCUAUGUUAUGAUGUUAAAUGUUGGCAUACUUCAGAGUGAGUCUGAUUUCACGGACACGAAGAGAAUAAUCGACUUGCAUAAAAGAGAAAUUGUAUUUUCUCUGGAAGGAGAUACGAUCUACUUCAUUAUUUCUGAAAAAUCCAUGUUCUUGUCAUCUCCUCCUUCUUCAAUCACUGUCUGGAGAAUGUCAACUCGAGAAAUCCUGACGUCAAAGACAUUCUCUAGUCCUACAUCUAUCGCUCCAAUGAAGACAGGUGUCGUACUCGUUACUAGAGAAAAACCGCGGAUAGUAGCAGAACUGUGGAAUUUCGAUCUGUCUGAGUGUAAUCAACGUAUUGUGGAACUUACUUCUAAGACUGCUAAGCUAUACAGAGUUAACAUGUUCCCUGUAUCCGAUAGUCGGAUAGCAUUCUUUUACCACCCGAGAUCAUACGAAUUAAAAUGCAUCAGAAGCUCACAAAACCGGGAGGAAAACAAACAAUCGUCCAAAGCAGAUUUGUUAGAAUGCUCAGAUGGUAACAUCGAUUGCGUUGACUUCAUAGACGUCACCAACCUUGGAGGAAAGCUUAUUUCCUCGCUAAGGAUCAAAGCCGCUGACGUUAACGAAAGCUUAGACUGCAUCUCUUGCAGUAGCAGUUUAAGCCAAGUGCUGGUUUGUAGUUCCAGGGUCAUAAUGAUUGGAAAUCACGGACUUGUAGACAAGGAGAAUGUAACAUUGAGUUUGAGGAAUGAAGGUAUCACAAGAUGGGAAAGACACACGACAUUUUCUGCCGAUUCAAUGCACCUGUUCAACCCAGACAUGAUUUUUUCACCCAAAAAUGAUUAUGUAGUCACGUGGAACACUCUCGACGCGGGCCAAGGUAUACACGUUCUUCAGGCGGAAACUGGAGAGACAUUGCACGUCUUUCUUAGAGACCAGAAAGAUAUUGUUCAAUGUAAGUUUUUAGAUGAUGAAUCUCUGGUAUGCUGCAGUGAGGACAACUUCCUUCGACUGUAUAAUAUCAGAACCGGAGAUCUACUAAGUAUUUUAGACAUUGGUGAGCGACCGCUCUGUUUGGGAGUCUGUUUGUACCAGCCUCUUGUUGUCAUUGGUUUGUCCGAGACAAGAAUAAAAUUCGUCCACGUACAUUUGCCAACAGAAUCUAAAAAGAAGAAAUAA